CUUUCUCUCGUCAGACUCUGCUCCACCUAACGGGAAGCAACGACGGCAGUUUUAAUCUUUCAUUGGGAAAAAGGGUGAAAGGCGACACGAAAAUACAACAAUUUGUCCUCGCCUCUCAGCCUCCAGCCAGAAUGAUCCACAGCCUCUUCCUCGUAAAUGCCUCAGGGGACAUUUUCCUGGAGAAGCACUGGAAAAGCGUGGUCAGCCGCUCCGUGUGUGACUACUUCUUUGAAGCUCAGGAGAGGGCCACUGAGCCGGAGAACGUCCCUCCGGUGAUCCCCACACCGCAUCACUACCUUAUCAGUGUGCUCAGGCAUCGCAUCUACUUUGUCGCAGUCAUCCAGAGCGAGGUGCCUCCGCUGUUCGUCAUCGAGUUCCUGCACAGAGUCGUCGACACGUUCCAGGACUAUUUUGGAGUGUGUACAGAGGCUGCCAUUAAGGACAAUGUGGUAGUGGUCUAUGAACUACUGGAGGAGAUGCUGGACAACGGCUUCCCAUUGGCCACAGAGUCCAACAUCCUUAAAGAGCUCAUUAAACCUCCCACAAUCCUCCGCACAAUGGUCAACACCAUCACAGGCAGCACCAAUGUGGGUGAACAGCUUCCUACAGGCCAGCUGUCAGUGGUGCCAUGGAGACGCACCGGAGUCAAAUACACCAACAAUGAGGCCUACUUUGACGUGGUGGAGGAGAUCGAUGCUAUCAUCGAUAAAUCAGGCUCCACCAUCACAGCAGAGAUUCAGGGAGUCAUUGACGCCUGUGUGAAACUGACGGGCAUGCCUGACCUCACUCUCUCAUUUAUGAAUCCUCGGCUGCUGGAUGACGUCAGCUUCCACCCGUGUGUUCGGUUCAAGCGCUGGGAAGCCGAGCGGAUCCUCUCCUUCAUCCCCCCUGAUGGAAACUUCCGGUUGCUCUCGUACCACGUCAGCUCUCAGAACCUGGUUGCGAUUCCAGUUUACGUGAAACACAACAUCACCUUCAGGGAGGGAAGCUCCCAGGGACGCUUUGACCUGACGCUGGGACCAAAACAGACGAUGGGGAAGGCUGUGGAGUCAGUGCUUGUCAGCAGCCAGCUGCCCAGGGGAGUCCUGAACGCCAACCUCAACCCCUCACAGGGAACAUACACCUUUGACCCCGUCACUAAGAUGUUGUCUUGGGACGUUGGUAAGAUCAACCCUCAGAAGCUUCCCAGUCUGAAAGGCACAAUGAGUCUGCAGGCCGGAGCCUCCAAACCUGACGAGAACCCCACCAUCAACAUCCAGCUCAAGAUCCAACAGAUGGCCAUCUCAGGGCUGAAGGUGAACCGGCUGGACAUGUACGGUGAGAAAUACAAACCCUUCAAAGGCAUCAAGUAUAUGACAAAGGCUGGCAAGUUCCAGGUGCGGACAUAAAGACUGCCACUCUGUAACCAGCGGACCAAACCACCAUGAGACUGAUGGGGGGUGAUGUGAGUGGGGAAGGGAAGUUGGUACAUUCCCUGUGUAUAUGCAUUUCAGGAUUUACCUACGAAUAUUGAAGGCUUCUUCUUGUAGCAGUUAAGAAUGGACCAUUGCACAUUGACGUUAAUGAAUCAGAUGUCCAGUAAACCGGUUAGAGCUUUGAAACAAGUGUAUAAAACAUAUCCACAGGCUGAACCCAACAAAUCCUAAAGCAAGAGGUUUUUCUCCUGAUGUUUACUUUUAGCUGUGAUUAUUUCGAACCAUGCAUUGAUUCAGGCAAAGAACAAGCCCCAGUGUGAUGCUGUACAGUUGAAGGGUUGACAAUGAUCAGCGCUCCCACACGGUUUUUCAUCUGUGGCAUGUUUGUCUGGGAUGAUGUGUGCUUAAACAAGAUAUAUCAGACCAAUGGCGUUCCUCAGUGUAGAUUACGAUAUCAUGAGUCAUAAAGACAGACUGGAAUUCAGUAUUUCCCUAAAAAAGUUGGAUCAGACUCAUAGACUGUAUAAAACAUGAAUGUAGUCUCAGUGACGUCAUCCAUAGGUCUCUGACACAGAGUUUUGAAGCCUGCAGACGUUGAGUUAAGGUGAGCCUUUAGCCUCCUCACUAACAACUACAGUGUCCCCACCUUUCAGCCAAGUCAGCCGUGCCCCUAAUUAUGCAAAAAUCCUAACUCUGAUAUCUUCAAAACUAAACUACCCCCAGUAGAGUGUGUAUGACAGAGGAAUGAGCUCUUUAGACUGAGACCAGUUUUUGUACCAGGCUGUAAACAUUUCUGCUGUUAGAGUGGGUGUGAAUGUGGCUUUCGGGGCUUUUGCAGCCAGCCGCUCAAAGCUCUGCAGCUCUGCAGCUUUUAGCACUUCCACAUUGGCUUCCUUUCUCAAGACCAGAAGUUGCUGCUUGAUCAAAAUACAAAUAGGGCAGGUGGAUAUUCUGUAACAGCCUGAGUUUAAAUGUAUAAACCAGAGGAACAGGUUACCCUCUGUUGUCAAAAAUAAAACGAAGGAAAACAUGAGCAGCAUCUUUUUUCCACCUCCGAACAUGUUAAAUCAAAAAUACUGUUUUUUUUUUUUUUAUUCCUUGUAACAUACACUUGGAAAAACCUGAUGUACCCCCCUUGAUGCAGUCCUUUAUUUUUAAUCUUUAAACAGUGUUUUGUUUUCUGUUUUGUUUUCCUCUUUCCUUUUGUUACAAUGACUUGACAAAGUUGUCCGCAGCACUGGAGUCAGCACACUGGCAUACAAGAAUGUGACACUGGAGCCGUCCUCAAUCAUGCACUUUGACAUCUGCUGGUACUUUACAUUUCUUUUGGAUGUUAUUCUUUGUACUGGAUUUGGAGUUGCUGAAGCUGUUUGAGAUACUGUGUUUCUUAAGAUGAACUUCAGGUUCGUGUUUGCCUGUUUUAUUCAUCUUGUGUGAUUAUUUAUUAAACAAAACAGAUGUCUUGUAUUUUAUGUUUCCCCUUUCUGCACAUGUUUGAGACAUUCUUGAAAGCUUUAAUUUUACAGAGGUUUUUUUAUUGAGUUGAACUUUGACCAAACAGCAUGAGCAGUUUCCCCAACCUGUUUUUGUUCUCAGCAUAAAAAAAUAACCGUGGCCAUGAAACAGAUUUUUAAUGAGUCCGUUUGGUGCUCUAACACUGUAACCCAAAUGACUACAGCUUAUGUCUGCUUCACCGUCUUUAUAUUCAGAGAAACUGCUUCGUGCUUUCUAAUGUCUUUCAAACAUCUCAUCAUAGAAACGGAUAAAUGGCCGGGCACCUCAGAAGAAGUGUUGAAGGUUGUGUUUGUUAAACAGCCUCCAAUGGAGUCUUACAAUGGUUAAAAUAAAAAUCUGAUGUGUUGUAA